AUGCAAAAAUAUUAUACUUGGAAUAAAUCCUCAAGGAAAUUUAUACGACGGAAACAAGGAAAACCAAUUCAAAAAUACCCAGAUGUAUAUUCCACCGAUGUGAUUGGUCGAAUUUAUUCAGUACAUCCCAGCAAUGAUGAAUGUUUUUAUUUACGACUGCUAUUAGUCAAUGUACGUGGCCCAACAUCAUUCCAACAUUUACGAACUGUUGAUGGUGAAUUGUGUGGAUCCUACAGAGAAGCCUGUCAACGUUUGCAAUUGCUAGAAAAUGACGAUCAUUGGGAUCAAACUCUAAAUGAUGCUGUAAUAUCAUCAAGUGCUCAACAAAUACGAACAUUGUUUUCUAUAAUCAUAUGUAGAUGCUACCCAUCAAAGCCAAUCGAUUUGUGGAUCAAGUACAAGGAUCAUAUGUGUGAUGAUAUUUUGUAUCAAAUACGGAAUAGAAUGGAAAAUCUAAAUAUACAAAUCAAUGAAGACAUUUUUAACGAAGAAUUGAUUUCAAUUGAGGACAUGUGCUUGAUGAUGUCAAACAAACUAUUAAUUCAAUUAGGCCUGAUCACGCCCAAUCGUCCAAUGCAUGAUGUUUUUAACAAAGAGGUGCACCGAGAAAAAACGUACGAUCUCAACACUUUGAAAGAAUUAAUUCAAAAAAAUCUUCCACUGUUGAAUGAACAACAGAAGUAUGUAUUUGAUACUCUUAUGAAAGUAACAAAUUAUGAUACUGGAGGGAUAUAUUUCUUGGAUGCACCUGGUGGUACAGGAAAAACUUUUUUGAUUUCAUUAAUAUUAGCAACAAUUCGUUCACAAAAUAAAAUUACACUUGCACUCGCUUCCUCGGGAAUCGCAGCAACUUUGCUUGAAGGUUGUCGAACAGCCCAUUCAGCACUAAAAUUGCCAUUAAAUAUGCAAAGCAAUGAAUUUCAAAGCUGCAACAUUUCGAAGAAAUCUGCAAUGGCAAAAGUUUUGCAGGAAUGUCAAUUGAUUGUUUUUGAUGAAUGCACGAUGGCACAUAAAAAUCGUUGGAGGCUUUAG